GUAGACACUUCACGUAACAACUAAAAGCAAUAACUCACACGCAAGUCACUCACAUUCUAAAAAUCCACAUACACAAACACUUUGCUUUUGAAAAUGCCUCCAUUAAAGGACAAACAGUCGCGGAAAGAUCGGAUUCUUCAGUUCAUCCAGGAAAAUCGUGAGUUGAAGCCCGUUGGUUUGACUUCGCCCAGGAAAGAGGAUGACUCCAAGCAGAAGAAACGCGUCACAUUCAUCCAGGCAAAGAAGCCGAGAUCCUCUGGCGGCCAAUCAUUGCCCAAAGUCAAAGAAAGAGAUGUGCAGAUUGGACUGGGUCUCACCUCAUGUCUCAUAACAAAGUCCUCGGAUACAAGAGUAUGCGGCGGUGAAAACAAUCCUGCCGAACGCGAUGUUGGAAAACUUCCUCGCACGGACAGCGAAUGUCGGUUCCAUUCGCCGGGGAUGCACUUUCUCAGGGAACGAAAUGAAAACUGUACUUCCCAAGUUCUCAAGUUAGUUCCUCCAAAACCGAUCCGCAAAGAGCUGAAGAACAAAUGCGACUUCUUUCCAAAGUUUUACGACAAUAGUCCUUUCAAGGAUCAGACCACACAAACGCUAUAUAGGGAGUCCUCUGCACAGACCUUGGCCUAUUUGCCGGAGAUACAAGAGGCUGAGAAGAGUCAAAAGCUUGAGCUGUUCUCUCUGUCUCAGGUGCUGCCGGGAGACAAGCCUCCAGGCCUUCAGGAGGUAGAGAUCCUGGAACGAUCCCGUCGUCGGUGGCUCUUCAGAGAUGCUCUUAAACACAACUUUCAAAGCCUAUUCAAUGAGGCCAGGGAGUUUGAGAUUAAAACCAAGUACAAGCCCAUCCUAGAGGCCUUCGAAUGGGAGCAGUGGAUCGAGCGCGAGGAGUCCAUUCAGGAGUGCCAGAUGAUGCGGCUGGAGAUCGUGAUCAAGAUGUUCAACAAGCGGGAGAAGGAAAUGCACGCCUCUUCCAAUGCCCGAAUUGAGCAGGCCUGUGAGCGGAUUGAGAAGCGCCGUCAGGCAGGGCUGCGCAAGAACGAGAUCGAGUACCAGCGUGGCAUGCGGCGCAUAACCAUGCAGCUGGCCAAGACCUCCCGGAAGUGGGAGAAGCAGGACACGCUACUCGCCUUGGGAUCGCCCUGCUCCGAGUUUUACGGACCCAUGAUACGCCAUGGGGUGGACCCGUCUCGACGCAACUUCGCCCCCACCACCGGACACAAGGCAUUCGAUAUGAGGAUCGACGAUCUGGAAAAGAAAGUCAAUAUGAAGAAUAUUCAGUGUCCAUUUAGAAAGCUUAAGGAUUGGUCGACGCCCAAGGAAUACGUCAGGGAGUAUGAGCAGAACUUCUGCAAUGACGACAACCUCCAGAAGCUUUAUGAGUCCUUGAAAACUCUGAGAACGCAACAAGACUUGGCAAGGGAAGCUCCUGAGUGCCUUAAGACGCGAAUCCAACGAGAGGCCGUUCCAUUUGACAGUGGUGAUUCGUAUGAUAGCUUCCGUUUCACUGGGCAAUACGACAGCAGAAAGGCUAAAUCAUUAACUCCAUGGCAUAAAAAUGAAACAAUGCCGAAGCCGCCCAAGUCGCCCUUUAAAAGGAUUGAUGAUACGGACCAGGAGAAAUUCGAGACCAUCAUCAAAACGUACGAAGGCAAUUACAUCGGUUGGAUUAUGCAAUUUCUAGAUGAUGAAAUGACACGACUCAAGGAGCAGCGUAAGCUGCACUUCUUUUCUAUCCUAGCUCAGAAAGAGCGCUGGCGCCGCGAAGCCCAGGAGGCUGGCAUCCGGCAGAAGGAGAACAACGUUCGAUUGCUAUACGAGGAGUUGUUCCAGAACUGCAACUCCCUCCACCAGGAGCUCUCCAAUGCGUACAUAAAAGGGAUUUUAUCAACGGAUGUGAAACAUAUCGUUGGAAACCUAGCUGAGCAGAAAACUACUGAAGAUGCGAUGAAAAUAGAUGAGGAUAUCGAACGGUGGUUGGAGAGCUUUAAACUUAUCCAGAAUCCAUUAACUUUUACCCCACUAAGACUUAUGCUUCGCGACAUGGUAUCCCCGAACAUGGAUGCUGCUCUCAUACACCACGAGAAGUUUCUGAUUUCCCAAUACAUAGUGGAGGAGGUGAUCUUCGACAAUGUGUGGAAGCUCCUGGAGCCCUUCGACAUAGCCACCACCUUGAGCAGCGACCUCAUUGAUCGCCUCAUCGACAACGACCUGUACCUCUUCUCCACGGACAGCGAGAGCGAUACCGACCACAAGCCGUCUUGGUACGAGGCCCGUGCCAUCAUUCGUAAGUUGAUACGUCAGUCAGUGCCUGGAAAGCGCUGGAAAGAGGAAACUGAGCGGAUUAUUAACGGCAUAUACGAAGAAAUGUUGGACAGCAUCCUCGUUGAAUUGAUUCUUAAAUGGCGGGACCCGGUCGCAGGGUUCGAGUAUAAUGUAGUCGAGUUCGAGUUUGAAGAUAAGUUGCUUAUUAAACCUCCACAAGUAUUUGAAGAUCCCACCGGAGUCCUAAGGAAGAGUGCUUCGGGAAUCGAUCUCUUGGCUCUUGGCGAGAACGAAACCAUUCCUAAUCCCGAGCUUGUUAAUGUGGAAAGUGACCAGGUUGUCGGUGACGAACGUUUAUUAAGUGUUUUUGAUCUGUCAAAAGCUCGUAAUGAUGAUGACAAUGUAGAGUCCAUGCUUAAAGAUAUCGGUUCGCGGUGUCAAAUUAACUAAUUCUUUAAAGGUAUUUCGAAUUUUGCUAGCAAUAGUAUGUCUUUUAAUAAUAUCUUAUAUAAUAUGAAACAAAAAAAUACGUUUAUACACAAACAA